UCGGGUGUCAGCACGUGCACAUCUGUGGUCAGUGUUUGUUCUCUGUGCUCUGAUUGGUCAGAUUGGUGCGAAGGUCUCCGACAGGUUCCAGCAGACAUGAUGAUCUCUGUACAGUCUGUCGCUCUGAACACUGAUCUCUCCAUGAAGGACAUCGAGCUUCUCCACACUCGUAUUAAUGUGUUGAGGAAGGAGGUGUCAGAGUUACUCCAUAAAUUAUUAACACACAACCCACAAGCUGCGCUACAACACCAGGCAGCGUUUUGUCCUGGACUGAAGACUGAAGUGAAAUCAGAGAUUGACUCUGUUGUGAAACUGGAAUUCUGUUCAGCUUCUGAGUGUAAAACUGAACCACAUCACAGCCACCAUGAAGACCUGCACACACUCACACGGCCGGAGGACCACAUGGCUGUUUGUAAAAACGAACCUGACCCAGUGGAAAUUUCACACACUAUACACACACACACUGAUGAACACACACCACACACUUGUGAUAAUGCAUGUUCAGUGCAGCUGAUGGAUUGCAGAAAGUCAGACAUCAUUCACAACAAAGAACACAGUCUGAAGAAGGAACAACAUAAAGAUGAUGGGUGCAGAAUGAUGUCAGUGGAGCGUGUGCUGUGGUGCAAAGGUCUCCGACAGGUUCCAGCAGACAUGAUGAUCUCUGUACAGUCUGUCGCUCUGAACACUGAUCUCUCCAUGAAGGACAUCGAGCUUCUCCACACUCGUAUUAAUGUGUUGAGGAAGGAGGUGUCAGAGUUACUCCAUAAAUUAUUAACACACAACCCACAAGCUGCGCUACAACACCAGGCAGCGUUUUGUCCUGGACUGAAGACUGAAGUGAAAUCAGAGAUUGACUCUGUUGUGAAACUGGAAUUCUGUUCAGCUUCUGAGUGUAAAACUGAACCACAUCACAGCCACCAUGAAGACCUGCACACACUCACACGGCCGGAGGACCACAUGGCUGUUUGUAAAAAUGAACCUGACCCAGUGGAAAUUUCACACACUAUACACACACACACUGAUGAACACACACCACACCUUCGCGUUAAGGCUUGUUCAGUGCGGCUUGUGGAUUGCAGAACCUCAGACAUCACACACACUACUGAAGAACCCAGUCUGACGAAGCAAGGACAUGAAGAUGAUACCGAUGAUGAUUGUAGCAGUUAUGUUCCACCUAAAACCAGAGGAACAUCUAAGAAAACAGGAGUAUACGCAAUGGAACGCUCCAAAUCGAAGCUCCGCUGUGAGGAACCCUCUGAGAGGCCGUUCUGCUGCUCCAUCUGUGACAAGAGCUUCAACAUAGAGUUCAAUCUCCUCAAACACAUGAAGCUCCAUUCUGGAGAGAAACCGUUCCACUGCAGUCACUGUGGCAAAACCUUCACCCAGUUAUUCAACCUGACGUCUCACCUGAGGAUACACACUGGAGAAAAGCCUUUCCUGUGUAGCCAGUGUGGAAAAGGUUUCUCUCAAGCCUCCAAGCUAAAAACUCACCUGAGAAUCCACACGGGAGAAAAACCCUACUCCUGUCAGACCUGUGAGAAACGCUUCUCCGACUCAUCCACCCUUAAUAAGCACCAGAGAACACACACUGGAGAGAAACCGUACCGGUGUGUGACGUGUGGGAAGAGUUUUGGACAGUCAGCUCACCUCAUGAAGCAUCACCGCUCACAUAAUCGCAAAUCAUUUAAACGUUCUUCAGAUCCAGAUCCGGAUUAUAGAAAUUAAUUCCUCUUCGCUCUGAUCUUCAGCAUCAUCCAAGAUUUAAUGUCAUAAAAUUUUGAGUUUAAGCUUCCGGUUCUUAAACCGUUCCUACAAUGCCGUGCUGAUCAGAUGAUGUUAACAUCAUGUCUAUCUACAGGGUGUGAUCCAGCAGCGCUUUAGUCUUUUCUGCUCCUCAUUUGUACACUCAGCUUCCAGAGCUUUCAUGACUCCUUCAUCACCAAACGAGUAUCUGGAUCUGAGAUCUGGUCAUUAAUGUUACAUCCAUAUAGUGACAUUCCCACUUACACACCUUCCUUUAGUGCCGAAGGGUUUCUCCACUGUUCAGUGUAGAGCAGUGCUGAGGUGUGAUGUUCUCUCUGGACUGUUUAGUCAGCAUCAUCUCUGGGGCUCUGAUACAUCACACUUUACUUCCUUUUCAUUUUGUUGUUUUAACUGGUUUCUGUUCCUUGUUUUAUUUGGUCAGGUGAGAUGAUGAGAGUGUUUUACAAACCUAGUGAAGGACAGCAGACAUGAACACGGUCUAGUUCACACUAAUACACACACACACACACACACAAAUACAUACACACAGUAAUACUACUACACACACUAUACACUAAUACACACACAGUAAUACUAAUACACACUAUACACUAAUACAUACACACAGUAAUACUACUACACACACUAUACACUAAUACACACACACCAUUACAUACACACAGUAAUACUAAUACACACACUAUACACUAAUACACACACACACAGUAAUACUAAUACACACACUAUACACUAAUACACACACACACAGUAAUACUAAUACACACUAUACACUAAUACACACACACAGUAAUACUAAUACACACACUAUACACUAAUACAUACACACAGUAAUACUACUACACACACUAUACACUAAUACACACACACACAGUAAUACUAAUACACACACUAUACA